AUGAUUAAUAUGAUUGAUAAUAAUAAAGGCAUCAAUAAAUUAGAUGCAGCAAUUUAUUAUUAUCUGGUUGAAAAAGGGAUGGCAAAAACAGCUCUAUCAUUUUCACAAGAAAUGAACUUUGAUAUUGGUGGGCUGAGUCCACUACUCUCAAAUUCAUCCCAUUUAUUAUCAAAAGGUUGGGAACAAUUAAAUUCAAUUGGAUUUUUCAAUAAUCAAAAUAUUCAUAUGACAAGUAGUCCAAUUAGUAUUAAUAGCAGUAAUAAUAAUAAUAAUAAUAAUAAUAAUAACAGCAAUGGCAAUAAUAUUCAUUUAAAUAAUAGUCCACCUAAUAAUAAUAAUAAUAAUAAUAAUAAUAACUUUUUCAACCCGCCAAAUUUCUUAGGUAACAACAAUACAAAUAGUAAUAAUAAUAAUAACAAUAAUAAUAAUAGUAAUAAUAAAAACAGCUUUUUAUUUCAAAAUCCAAACCAAAUAGCAAAUCCUUCUUUUUUUUCAUCAGCCAAUCCCUCAACUAAUAAUAUAAUACCGCCAAAUCCAAAUCCAAAUUCUAAUAAUAAUAAUACUGGUAAUAGUGGAGGCUUAAUUUUAGAUAAUUCAGCCACAAACUUUUUCCAAAAUGUAAAUAGUAGUGACAAUAAUAAUAACAACAAUAAUAAUAGUGGUAAUAAUGUUAAUAACAAUAACACGAACCAAUCCAUUUUUCUCUCAUCUCAAAAACAACCGAUUCAAACCGAACCAAAAAAUAAUACUAACAACACCAAUAAUAUUAAUCCAAGCAAUAAUAAUAAUAAUAAUAAUAAUAAUAAUAAUAAUAAUAAUAAUAAUAACAACAGUAGCAGUAACAAUACCAAUAAUAAUAAUAAUAAUAAUAAUAUUGAUAAUUUACAAAGUUCAAUUUCAUCACAAUUACAAUUAUCAUCCCCACCGUCAAGUUCCCCAAUUGCAACAUCAGCAAUGUCCCCAAAUAAUUUGGAUACAAACCAAAUACUCCAUACAAUAGGGUGCAAUAUCGAGCAUAUUCACAAUCAAUUUUGUAAUAUGUUGUUUCAAAAUCAAACAAAUUCAUCACCUUCUUUGUCUACCUCUCAUACUUCAAUGAACAUAACUAACGAGCCAGCAAAAAUUUUAGAUAAAAAAUCACAAUUUUCAAUUCAAUCUCAAAAUGAUGAUAAUAAUACUACUAACAAUAAUAAUAAUAAUAAUAUUAGUAAUAAUAAUAAUAAUAAUAAUAAUAGUAGUAAUAGUAGUAAUAAUAAUAAUCAUGGUAACAAUCGCAAUAUUCAUAAUCAUUCACAUGGACAUAAUCAACACAACCAUGGCCAUGGUCAUAAUCAACACAACCAUGGACAUAAUCAUGGCCAUCAUAAUCAUGGGCAUGGACAUAAUCAUGGACAUCACAAUCAUGGCCAUCAUAAUCAUGGUCAUAAUCAUAAUCAUAAUCAUGGUCAUAAUCAUAAUCAUGGAAAUCACAAUAAUGGCCAAAAUACUCCAAUUCACAAUCAUUUUUCUAGUGCACCAAUACCAAUUGGAUCUAAUAAUAAUAAUAAUAAUAAAACAACCACUACAACAACUACUACAACAACAACAACGAAUAGUUCAUCACCAAGUGAUGGAAUUAAUUUCAAUUUAAAUAGUAAUAGUAGUGAUGUUGAAAGUUAUUUAAUAAAAUCCAUUGGUGAAGGAGGUGAAGAGAAAUUCACAUGUGACUAUCAAUCAUGUGGUAAAUCAUUUAGUACAUUGGCUAUAUUUAAACGACAUUUAAAAGAACAUACUGGUUGUAAACCAUUCGUUUGUACUGAAGAGGGUUGCAAUAAAAGAUUCUCAAGAAAAUUCGACUUAAAGGUACAUUUACGUUCUCAUACAGGUGAAAAGCCUUAUCUUUGUACAUUCCCUGGUUGUAGUAAAAGAUUUGCUCGUUCCUCUGAUUUACGUCUUCAUCAAAGAAUUCAUACUGGUGAGAAACCUUUUGUAUGUGAUUGGGAAGGUUGUUCAAAAAGAUUUAUUCGUCAAGCUGAUUUAAAAAAACAUAGAAAAACACAUCAACUUAAUAAUAAUAAUAAUGCAGCAGCAGCAUCAUCAUCAUCUUCAUCAUCUUCGUCACAUCCACAUGUUCAUAGUGUUGGUUGUGGUCAUACAGCAAUAGCUCAUGAAGGUCAUAUCGAUUUUUUACACGAUCGCCAUUUACAUUCAAUGAAUCAUGAUCAUGUUGAUCAUAGUAUUGAAGUAUCCGAAACCAAUCCUACAAGUUGUACUCCUAAAUUCGUUUGUAGUCAUCAUCCUGAUGGUUCUUCUCAUUCAAUGGAUUGUGGUCAUGAAAUUGUUCCACAUUUUGACCAUUAUGAUUUCUUGGUCGAUGGUCAUCUUCAUCAUGUACAUGAAGGUCAUUGCGAUAAUCAUGGUUGGGUUGAAGUAAUAAAUAACUUUAUGAAAUAA